GGUGGUUGGUGGCAGGGGAGGGGGGCUGAUAUCUGGCUAAGCGCGGGCGCAGUUGGGUCGCGGUCUUCAGCACGGCAGCAUUUCGCUCACCGAUCUCUUUACGCAACUCUCUCGCACUCUUUCUCUUCUUUUCUCACUUUUUUCUUGACUCGUCUUUGGACACCGCUUACUCGCUCCUUUUGAUCGUCCACUUAUCUGCCUAUCCAUCUUACCAGCUCCUUUCUCCUUCCUCCGACAGCCUCACACUCCCAAUCCUUUCUUCCUUCCUCUCUUCCAUCCUCCCUUCCAUCCUUCCUUUUGACGGUGAAUACCGCCCCCUCCCUCCACUCACUCUCUCUCUGUUGCUCCGGCGUGGCGCGGCGAUUUCGUUUCAGUCGGUUCACCGGCGCUGCCCGCGGUAUCGGCAAUGCUUAUACACACGCGAUGAAACGUGUUUACGAAGGACGGAGUGUGCGUGCUGAAUGACGAAUGAGUGGCACUUAAGGAAAACGGAAGCACCGCCGACUAGAUUGGCGAUCGUCGACUGCGCGAACUCAUCGCGAGUUCCAUGUUCCGUUAGUGCAUCUUCGCGCAGGAUGCAUCCGUUUGUCACGUGGAAAUUUGAUUUGUUCGGGAUAUCUUGUUCGCUGUGAACUGUGCAACUAAUCUAUCGUCGAACGAAUCGAUAACAAAGUGUUUGGCGACAAAAGCUUCUUUCAAAUAUCUUCGAGAAGAUCCGAAGACAGUGAAAGUUAGGUUAUGUGGAAAUAGAAUUACUCUAUAACUGUAAUUACAUAUUAUGCAAUACCGUAAGUUAAUCUAACUCUUUUCCCUUUUGUGUUGCAUGUAAUUUGACCGGUCAGUGAUUUAUUGGCAGUAACGCGGCGUGAUUUGUUAAAAAUUCUUUUGCAAAAAUGAACAAACUCGUAAAAAUAUGCAUAACCUAUUGGUAGACGCGUUAUUCAAUUUCGCUCGUACGUACUUCUCAGCCAUUGAAAGUGGUGUUUCUGUAUGAUCGGUUUAAAAAUUAUUAUAUAUAUUUAUAUAUGACGAGUAUCGUACCUACGUCGCGGUAAAAUUCCGGUGGCGGUUUCGAAACUUAAUCCAUUCUCCUACUUGCGGCUACCUUUUAACCGAUCUGUUCCACUGUGUGGCUUCUGAGGACGCGUUAUGACGAUAAACGUCGUGUGAGUUCGUGGAGUGUCUAGUUAAGAAAAAAAAACAUAAUAUACAAUGAUAACUGAAAAUUCGAAGUGAAGCGUGAUCGCACCGAAACAAUGUUUAGUGAAGCGUGAAGAUGAAUGUUUCCACGUUGAGCUUCAACGGGUCGCUUCGGAAAAAAUCAAGAGAAAUGCAGCGGACAAGAAAAGUACCCGUGGCCUCGACACGACUGCAAUAGACGUGUUUUAGCGGUAACUGCGGAUCAACAACUGCUGACGCAAGUCGCUUCGGCGAUCACGAAAAGAUAUAUCGCUCCACUUGAGCUGGCACGACUUUGAGCCUGGUGUUGCGAAAUGUACCGGAAACGAUGGACCGUGAAGAUUCUGCAAAUGGAUUUACGGUACAGCGUCAACGGGAGCGGUUGGUGCGCGCCAGCUCUAGCCAAGAUGAUCUGCAUUUUCUUCUUUUCGCUACUGUUGCACGAAGAAGCUGUGCACAGUACUCGCUUAAUCGAAACCGGUACUUUUCAAGAAUGGCUGACGCGACAAGAUUCGAAUCCUUACUUUGAUACGUCGGUUCCGUCGAACAUGACGGGCCUGGUUGGGAAAACCAUCCAACUCGUUUGUAGAGUGAAAAACCUCGGAAACAGAACCGUUUCGUGGGUAAGGCAUCGAGAUAUUCACCUGCUGACGAUCGGUCGGUACACUUACACGAGCGAUCAACGUUUCGAGGCGAUGCACACGCCGCACACGGAGGAAUGGACAUUAAGGAUACGAUAUCCUCAGAAGAAGGAUUCUGGUAUUUACGAGUGCCAAAUAUCCACAACCCCUCCCAUCGGAUACUCUGUUCAUCUCAACGUGGUCGAGCCGGUCACCGAGAUCGCCGGAGCUCCAGAUCUGUUCAUCAACAAGUACAGCACGAUCAACCUCACGUGCCUGGUCAAAUAUGCUCCCGAGCCACCGUCCGCGAUCGUUUGGAGUCACGAUCACGAAGCGAUUACCUUCGACACACCGAGGGGUGGCAUCAGCUUGGUCACGGAGAGAGGACCCGUGACUUCCAGCCGUUUGCUCAUUCAGAGAGCGAUCGAGGCAGACGCAGGCCUGUACACCUGUUCGCCGAGUAACACCCAUUCCAGCAGCGUGCAUAUUCACAUCGUCAAUGAGCAUCCAGCGGCAAUGCAUCACGGCAGCGGCGGCGGAGUGGCUGCGACCUUACUUACCCUCGUUCUACUUCUUUUCAUGAUCAUUUAGCCGGUGCUUGAUUUUCAUGGAAGGUUUUAACCGCGACGCAAAUUGCGCGUUAGCGAGCCGCGGCGAUCGAGUUCGUCUUCGUUCAAACGACAAACCAACGUCUAAUUCGUCUAAGCGUCGUCGUCUGCAUAACGAUCGUAAGAACAUGUUUCCGAAUAAGUUACUUUCUUCCUUUGUCCCUUGCGAGAACACCUUUAUGAAAAUACUCGAUCUUUUAGUUGUGUUUCUUGUUUCCUGGUUCAACGUUAUACCGUAAUGUCUAGCGACAUGCAACCUAAUUUAAGUGAUUUCUUUCUGACAUUGCGACAAGUACUAGCGAAUGUUUUCCAACUCUCCCUUCUAUUCUCUCGCUGUCUUUCUUACGAUUUCGCGCGGCAAUCAUCCUCAACGAUUUUCGUACACAUUUAACGCUAAACCGGUACGGAUUCGACAGAUGAGUUUCCAUUGUAUCGAGUCUUCUGUCCUUAGUCCGUCUCCUUUGGUCUUUUCAUCAAGUAGAUACGUCCUACUCGCGGCAGGAAAUCUUUCCUGCUUUCUUCGGCGUUAGCUCGAAACGCGUUCGCUCGAAUCGGUUGCGCAUAUAUGUUAAAGAACGUAUGAUCCGAUAAUACGCUUCUACGAGUUAAAUUGUUCGUAGUACUAUAGAAAAUCGUCUCGUUGUCAGUCGUUAUCGAAUCGUUAAAAACAUUUUGCGAAUCGAUUAAAUCUCUUUAACGAGCCUUCGCGAUGAUUUUCUGCGUAAUUUUACGAUCGAAUGGGUAAUCGAGUUACGGUAGCGCAACUGCUACCGAGACUGGAUAUAAUUAAACAAAAACUCGCUCGAAAUGUUGCCACGGCGUCCAAUAAUAAACUCGCUUCAGUCUCGUGUCGUGGCAACUUUCGCCUUGUUUUCGUCUAUACGUUUCUAUGCGUUUACCUCGAAAAGGAUAUUGCUAUCCUGACGAACUUGUUACAUACUAUUCCUGUCAUCGGGAAAUACAAUCAACGCCAGACGCAAGAGCGUAUAGUCUUCCGCGUCUGUCGCGAAUAAUCGACUUACGAGUGCGAACGAAAAUUCAUUUAGAAACAGAAACUACUAUAAGCAUGUUGCAUAUCAGAGAGAACGUUUUACGAAAGUUUCGAACGAGACGUUUAUAGAUCAUCAAAGAAUUUACGUAGACCCGAUAGAAACGAGAGACUCUAAGGGAAUCUAAGAAGGAAGAUAGAGAUGAAAGGAUAUUGGAACGUAAGUACAUAUACAAUAUAUGCGUAAAUACGUAUCGCGUAAGUGCAACGACGUUUUCGAAAUUUUCUGUGUCACGACAGUCGUAUCGCGUGAACGUUUUAAAUGGUCUUGAUUUAGAAACGAUGUGAUUCGACGUUGUUUUCAUUGCAAGAUCGUAAAUCAGUCCAAGAGCGCGCAAACGCUUUGUCACGCAACUUUUUUCCUUUAUUCGCGCGAUAAAAGUUUGUUUUCGUGGAAUCGCAUCGUAGAAAUCUACGAAUACGUUGCAACGAUGCGCGCGCCAGUUUCUUUCGAAGGUAUUACGAAUAUAAAGGCCAGUCAUUCCGCCGCAACUCAGUGCACGGACAAUUGUGCCAGAAAUUUGAAUACGAGUUUUAUUUCGGAAAUAAAAGACUGGAUCAGCGGUAGAGGUCGAGUGCACCGAUGCGCAGUACUGGUUAAAGAAAGAGAGUGUUGCCAGGAAUUAAGAAAAGAAACGCUGAAACAGUUUACCCAAAAGCUCUGCGGGGCUAUUCGUACCGACUACUUAAUUUUAUUCUUUUAUAGGGAGAAACCUCUAAACCAUUCUCAUUAAAGCUUAUUUCCGGGGUAAAGUUAUUACGUACCAUUUUCGCGGAUAUUUUCGUGCGGAUGCUCGAAUAGAAGCAUGCAUACGAAGCGAAUAAAUUGCGUUACGGCGGAUUAAAUUUAGAAUUUGUUACAUGUUUGUAUUGCCUACCGUGCACAUACAUUUCUUUGCGGUAAUGUAAAUAUUCGUUGUAUCGAUCAGUGUAACUAGCAUCGCGUUCGCACAAUGUAUAAUAACAUUUGUUGCUUUUGUUACGUUCUUUUUUGUUAUGCCUAAGGGACCACGAGAGUUAAGUAAAUAUAGAUGGUCCAAUUAUUCUCAUCAAGUUAGUGUUUGAAAACGAAAGGCCGGGUGUUUGCGUGAGCAAAAACAUCUUCUGGUUACGUAUAUUAUAUACGUAACAAAGAAAACGCGUUUGUUGCCAAGAAAUCGUACCAACGAUUCGUCGAGUUCCGUGUAAGCCUACCUCUUUGUGUUAUACUUAUUAUCCCAGAGUGAUAUCUUUCCUCCUCGAACUAGGUUUUCGACGACAAACAUAUCGUGUUCGAUUUAUGGCUAUCGUUCGUACAAAAUACCCACGAGAAUCGGUUAAAAUCUUUCUUUUCCUUAUCAAUCUCCCAAUAGCGAAAAUUCAGAAUGUAUAGGAGAAAAGCUCGCCUUAGUUGGUAUGUGUUUCCCACAUGGACAUAAUCUCUGGAGGAAGUACUCGUUCGACGACGAGGAGAAGCGAUGUACGAUCGGAAAUCUGGAAUAACGGGGCUAUCUAGUAGAAAAAUUGAAAUCGCUAAAAUCAACGAGACUCUGUUGUUAUCGUAUUCACAUAUCAUUGCGAGCAUUAAAUCGUUGAAACGCACUAAAACGUGGCCGUAGUAACACGUUGAAAGGAGGAUUGUUGAAAACGAACAAUUUUUGUGUAGCUCAGGCAUUAAAAAUAUUCAUAGAACGUCGUUCUACUAGUUUUCAAGGAAUUAUAUAAGCACAAUUUUUUCCCGGCAACAUGAUGAAAAAGCUGUAAAGAAAAGGGAGUUGCAGUAUGAAACGAACAGGCGGAAAAAUUGAUAACCGUUAACUUGAAACGACGAUAACUUUGUAUAGAAUGAUAUCCUAUAAAGGAGGAACCGAAAAAUCUCCAUUUGUUCCAUCAGUUGGUAGGACUUGUUGGCAGCAAACGCGUAAAACGGAAUGUGAAAUUUCUCGUAAAGCGUAAAGGUUUUCGGCCGAAUCACAGCGGACACAUAAACUUCAUCGUAUAUUUCACGUUAUAUGUAUAUUUACUCGUAACGCAGUACGUUAAUUGUAAGCGUUUUUACGAAGCCGGAAGAGCGACAAGAGUAUCUAUCUAAACAUAUUGUUAGCCGUUAAAACGGAUGUUGAUCCGAUAUUUAACGUGGUUAGUCGACGGUUAUAAUAACUAGCCAUUACGUCUUCUUCGUUUAAGAAAUUUUUUACAAAUGUACAUAGUUAAGGACCUCGAACUUUAUAGCGACGAUUCUUAUUCUCUCGUUGUAGCAAUUUAUUAAAUUAAAAAGGAAAUCUGA